AUGGUGGAUGAACUGCUGUCUGAUGAGGAGGAGCUGCUGAUGAUGGACGCUACGGCAGCAAGCAAGAAGGCGGCGGCCAGCAAGAAGACUGAGAAGAAGAAGCAGAAGAAGAAGGAGAAGGAGGCAUUGCUGAAACGAUUGGCAGAGGACCAGCAGACUGAGCUGGAGGCGCUAAGUGCCAUCUUCCAGGACGACUUUGUCUCACUGCCUGCGCCAUCCUUCUCCAACGAGACGUUCAAGUUCCAGAUCACCGUACGACCAUUCUUUGGUGAGCCCGGCGAUCAAGAAUGCUUCGUCAUCGUUUGUAUAACAUUUGGCUUCGUGCCACUCUACCCCACAACUGCGCCAAACAUAACAGUUGGCGUUAUCAAGGGUCUUCCAAUCAAGGAUGCAACUGAACUUGAACAACUACUUCACGAAGAGGCCAACAGUAAGCUGGAUAAUCAGAUGGUGUUUGAUCUGUGUGGCUUUGCAAGGGAGUUCCUGGCAAAGCACAAUCACAAACCAUCGGCAAAGUCAUUCCACGAGCAGAUGGUCGAGCAACAGCAGGAGCAAGAGCGUCUGAAGAAGGAGGCCAUCGCCUCCAAGAAGCUGAAGCAACAGCAGCAGCUAAAGGAUGGCGGUGGCUCAGGCUCGGCCAGCAGUGCGCACAAUGAAUGGCAGUCGACGCUGGAGGACAACAACCUCAAAGAGGAUCGCAAGAACUUCCGUCUGCAAAAGAGCAUCGAGCGUGCACAAUGGGAGAAGGAGAAGAAGCGCGAGUUGGUCACACAGUACACCACCGAUCCCAAGCGUACAGGGGGUGAUACCAUGGCCCAACAACAACAACAACAUCAACAGCAACAACAGCAACAGACGGGCUCCACUGGCAAGUCAACACACAAGCAACAUCAAUCAGCAGCCGACAAGUUCAUUGACAAACAGCAGACAUUCAUUAUAUAUCUCUUGCGUAUGCUGUGUCAGAAUGACAUCAGCGCAUCACUCGACCAGAUCAAGCUUCUGGGCACACAGUUGACAAGCAUGGGCAUCAUCUCGCCCACGCAUCUGUCGCUGCUCAACAUCAACAACUCCAACUCGAACCAGAUCUACCAGCAGAUCUUCCACGAGUACUUCACCAAGUCGAUCGCAUCCGAGGGCGUCAAGCGCCCACCACCCGGUUCGUUCGUCGAGCGCUUCUGGUUGGGCGGCGGUGGCGCGGGCACCAGCGGCCUGCAGAAGGAGCUGCUCUCGCAGCAACAGCAACAGCAACAACAGCAAAACAGUCAGCGCGCGGACAUUGACGAGGUGGUCAUGCCCACGGCCUACAAUCCCAAUGUACAGACGUCGCGAUAUCAUGGCGACUUUGAGGAGAUUCAGCUGCUGGGCCGCGGAGGAUUCGGCCAAGUGGUCAAGGUGAGGAACAGACUGGACGGUCGCUUCUACGCCAUCAAGAAGAUCAAGCUGGAUCGCGAUCAAACACUCAACAAGCGCAUUCUUCGCGAGGUCAUCACUCUGUCGCGAUUGCAUCACCAACACGUUGUGCGCUACUAUCAAGCCUGGAUCGAGGGUGCCGAGAGCUUGAACACAGAGACCAAGUUGCCAGGUCUCGAGGGCGAGGAAGGCGACGAGGAGGAUUCACUCUCGGACGAAGAAGAGGACGACUCUGAGAUGUCUGAGGAGGAGGAUGACGAGGACCAAGACGACGAUGAAGAGUCCUCCGAGAGUUCAAGCAACAAUGACAGCGAUGAUGAUGACACGAGUGAGUCCGAGGAGGAGGACUUUAGCUUCUCCGAGAACAUCCUUUUCCAGAAGCAGUCGCUGGACUGCUUUGACCUGACCGAGGAGAGCUACUCAUUCCUUCACUCGGACUCGGGCUACCUGGCGGACGUGUUUGACCUGAAUAAGGGCACGACCAGCUUCAGCACCAGCAACAGACGAGGCGGCCGCUCGGCAUCGGGCAGCACCGCCAGUGGAUCACGCAGCGAUGGACACAAGAAGGGCAAGAAGGGUAAGAAGGCCGGACAAGGACGCCUGAGUGCCAAGGAGCGCAAGAAGCAAGAGAAGAAGAAGAAGAAGGAACAGCGCCGUCGCAAAUCGGCCUACCUCUACAUUCAGAUGGAGUACUGUCAGAAGAUCCUGCGCAAUCUCACAGAAAGCGGCAUCAGCUCUAACGACGACGACAUUUGGAAGUUGUUCCGACAGAUCGUCGAGGGCAUGGCCUAUGUGCAUAGCCAGGGCAUCAUCCACAGAGACCUCAAGCCAAGCAACAUCUUCUUUGACAGCUGUGGCGACAUCAAGAUUGGAGACUUUGGCCUGGCCACCAACAAGACCUCGACCUCAUCCUCGACGACCAAAAUGUCAUCUUCCACUCAAUCACUCAACACAUCGUCGACUUCAACCACCAGCUCAUCAAUGUCCUCGUCAAACAAGGCCAAUCUCUGGGAGUCGCUCGAGGAGCAAGAGAACGACUUCUCCUUCGACGCAGUCGACCAGCACACAGCGCGAGUGGGCACGCUCUUCUACACUAGCCCAGAGCAAGAGUCUGGCGUGUGCGAAGGCGAGGGCUCCUACGACGACAAAGUCGACAUGUACAGUUUGGGCAUCGUCUUCUUUGAGAUGUGGUACGUUUUCUCGACUGGCCACGAGCGUGUGGCUGUACUGCGCGAUCUCCGUGACCGUGGCAUCUUCCCCAAGGACUUUGAGCGAUCACACCCUCGCCAAUCCAAGCUCAUCCGCUGGCUGACGGAGCACGAUCCUGCCAAGCGACCCAGCGCGCAGGAUCUGCUUCAGAGCGAAUUGAUGCCGCCCAAGAUGGAGGACGAGUACGUUGAGAACUCGAUCCGUGUCAUCACCAACCCCACAACACAGUUCUACCAACACAUGCUCAACUCGCUCUUCUCCCCCAAUCACCAACACCUCCACGCGCACAUCUACCACCAGCAGCUCAACCAGCAGCGAACAUCGACACUUUACGCCCUGGACGAGUUUAGCAUUCGCGAGACUGUCAACGACAUCAUCGUGGCCAUCUUCCGCAAGCACAAUGCCAAUGUGCUUCCCACGCCCACAAUGAACAUUGCCAAGAACUGGGAGGAUGAUUCGUCCAGCAGUUCGACCAAGUCACUCGCGGCCAACAAGACUAGCCCAGUGUCAAGGCAGGCAACAUCGACAACAACGACGACGACAUCCAACUCACAGCCAAAGACAAAGUCUGCGCGAUCAAUCAUCAUGGACGACAGUGGACAGUUGUUUGAGAUGCGCUUCGAUCUGCGCACAUCAUUUGCCGAGCACCUGGCACAGCAGUUUGCCAACACAUUCAAUCCGAUUGGCGCGGGCGAUAGUAUAUUACUGGCGUCGCGUGGCCUUGGCGAGGAGGACGUCGACGAGAACGGCACCCCACUGGUGCCCAACAAGGAGCUCACAUCAUUUGAAGAUCUCAUUGAGUACUUCUCACACACGCCUCUCAAGAGAUAUGAGGUGGCCACAGUCUUCCGCCGCCCACACCUCGUUGGCAAGAUACCCAAAGAGAUCUCGCAAUGCUGCUUUGACAUUGUUGGUUCGACGUCGAUGCUGUCGGAUGCUGAGGUAAUCAAGGUGGCCUGCGAGGUGUUUGACGCACUGCCCUCUGUCAACAACUAUGUAAUCAGACUGAAUCACACUGGAAUCGUGGAGCACAUGUGGCGCAUUGUUGGCAUCAGCGACAUGAAGCAGCGCGAUGAAAUUGGCAUUGUCCUGUCACAGUUGUUGCGCAACCCAUGGUCAUCAGUGCGCAAGGUGUUGCUCGACCGUCUUCAGAUGUCACCCAAACAGGUCGAACGACUGGCCAACUGGAUCCUGGUCAAGGGCAGCAUGGCGGACGUGAUCAAGAAACUGGAGGCAACCGGCAACAACUCGAACACUGGUUUCCUCACGGCAUCUCAGACCAACAUGCGAAUCAGUGCAUCAUUCACUGACUAUCUGGACGACAUGCGCUCGUUACAGACCUAUCUAGACAAGUUUGGCAUCACCAACAAGGUGUCAUUUGACCUGGGUCUGGUGUUCUGCGAAAACUUCUACAGCGACGUGAUGUUCCAGGUGCUGAUCAGGGACGAGGCAGGCCGCUUUGAGUGUGCCGCUGUCGGUGGACGCUACGACCGAACAGUGUCCAAGCUCAUUCCACAGCUGAACCCAUCGAUCAAGAAGCUGCCCGCAGAGGAGGCGCCCAACGUGCCCGUGGUCGGUCUGUCCAUUGCGCUGGACAAGAUCUACAACAAGGAGAAGGAGUACAGCCACUCGCAGCUGGAGCAGGCUGCGCCACAGAUCCAGAGCAGCCAGACGCCACUCUGUCGCUACGCGCAUCCAGAGAUAUUCAUUUGUUGCCUUGGCCAGAAUCUGUUCCCGGAGAAGAUUAGUAUAUUGUCAGACUUGUGGAGUGCUGGAUUCCGCGUAGAGACUGUCUACAAAGAGUCCUCGUCCGCUGAGCAGCAGACAGAGUUGGCCACGAGCAGUGGCGCCGCAUUCCACGUGGUACUGAAAGAGAAGGGUAACAAGAAGAUCAUCAAGGUGAAGAAUGUGGAAAAGAAAAAGGAGGACGACAUCUCAAGAGAAGACUUGGUAAAGUUCCUCUCCAACAACAUUGCAUCCAUUCGAAUAAGGAAUAGCAGCAAACAAACAUUGUAG